AUGCAGCAUGCGAGGAUGCUCGGUGCCAGCUCGAAUGAAGGUGCUGUCAAGAAUCGAUCUGCUGCGAGCAAAGGGACAGCGUCUCCUCGGAGUCAGCGGCACAUGUCGUCGAACCAGGCGAGUUUAACCGUCGGGCUGAACCGUGUUUUUUCCAACCACAACCAUGGGCAACAUCGUCAUCGCAAUCACCAUCAUCAUGAUCAUGAUAGUGACAGCGACAUUUACAAAAACAGCAGGACACUUGUUGCUGGAAGAACAAGCCAUUCGAGCAACAGACUAGAUAGGCUGGAUAGCAGCAGAUCGGAUGCAGCGAGCAAAAAAGAUCUUUCCAAUAACCAUUACAUUGAAGAAACCAAGCCUGUUCAAGUGACACUAUGGUUCCACGAACUUCGCACAACAAAGGAGGACAUAUUGAUAGAUCCAAACUCAUUGCCAAAUGGAAUUUCUCCAGGCCAAGUCAUUGAAAUCCAGAGCCUUGACAGCAGCAACGCCAACAAUAAUAAAAAACUCAUUUUCAAACUUGGUCCAAAAAACAUCCAGAACCAAAACGACAAUGCUGAUUCGUCGCUGACGGAAACCAGACUCAAAUCCCUGGUCCACUCGCAAUCGCAAUCGCAGGUGUCUCUCAUGUCGCAUCCUUUCCAAAACUUAUUGGACUUGGCUCCGAGAAGCGUGAUUCAAAUCAGGAAAAUCACCGAUCUUGAUUCUGUGGCAAUCGACUCGAUGGAGGUGUUCAUCAAGGAUGUCAAUUUGUCGCGAGAUGCCAUGUGGCAAUUUGCCUCUACGCUAGUGGGAACUUGCUGCUACUCCGAACAACGUUUGACCUACUUGGGCUUUAGAAUCGGGGUGGUGAAAUACAUUUACAAACAUGGACGUCGGGUGUUUUCAGGCUACGUUAAUGAAGAAACAAAAGUCAUCUUUCGAAGCGAGAGCGCCAAAUUGACGGUGCUUGUUCAAUUGUCCCGUGAAAUGUGGAACUUUGAAGAAAAUGGCGAGAUUAUGUUCCACAAACUAGUCAACAACUUGUUUCCCAAGAUUUUCCGACGAUGGCGCAACAAGGGCACCCACCAUUCGAUCACAAUUGUUUUAUUCACCAGCGUGGAUUUGACUGAUAUUCCAUGGACCAACUUGGCUCCUGGAGAAAGACCACCGACGCGCAAAGAUUUCUACCGAGUCGUGGUUGACCAAGUAAACAUAUUGCACUGGGACCGCAUAAUGGCAAACCUUCGUCUUGAGUUUGCCAAUUUCAAACGAGAUAUCUUGUUGCGUCCGGGAAAAGAGGACUCUAGUUACGUUAUGGAGGGACAGACGUUGCCAGCGGUCAAGGGCAAUCUCCUUGAAGCAGUCAACGUGGGCUUGGUUUUGCUCAACGAUCGGUUCAGGAAUACAGACCUCAAGCAUUCCUUGGGCCAUUUCAUGGUAAUCACCGCGGGCACUGGCUUGUACGACGUCGACUACAAGAUGCUAUUGGACACAAGCCAGAAGAUCACCAGCAUAGACACCAGCCUUGAUAUCAUAUGCUUGAACCAGCCUCCCUUGCAUGUAACUCCGUUAUUUCGAUUUAUUAGAGACGGCAAACUCAGCCACUGUGUUCCCAUAUGGUGCGACAUUUCGUUUUAUCGCGACAACCAAGAAGAAAACUCCAUUUGGAUCCCCAGGUGCAAGAUUUACGAGUUGCAGAUGAUGGGAGUCAUGGAAAAUGAUAGCAGCUUUGCAUGGAUACCACGAUAUCAUCUCGACAAACAAACCCAGCAUCUUCCCAGAGUCAUGGACAGGUAUGACGAAAAUGUCUUUAAACCCAUUCGCCGCAAGUCAGAGAAAAUCGCGGAAUCGACAACAGAGGAACCAAAGUUUAAAGCACCCCUGGUCAAGAACUCAAAGGCCACCUUGUCAUUGAUUUUCAAUGAGCGCACGUCGUUGAUACCAGUUGACAGCUCCACCACCAAUUCAUCUGCAGUGGGCACGGUGACGCAUCCAGUUACCAAUACUUCAGCGCUCACCAAGUUAUACAACAUAAACAAAAACAGCGAUAGGAAGCCCAAAUCUCCCACGUCUUCAAUUUACAGUGAUGCGUCUCCACCAUCAAUACAGCAGCAGCAGCAGCAGCAGCAACCGCCACAACAUCCGCUACAGCAUCUACAGCCGUCUCUGCGGUCUACUUCGUCCCCGCGCAUGCUGUCGCCACGCAUACCGCCACCUACGUCUUCCUCCUCCUCCACCACCACCUCCUCCGCCUCAAAAUUAAACAUUGAGACUUUCCGAAAAGAUGCUGGUUCUCCUCGGAUCAUCCAGGGGAAAACGCUUUUCAGCAGAAGGGAAACUGCUCAGUCUCAGUCUUCACACCUGCCAGAAGAGGCUAUGCUGCCGCAGGGGGACAAGGUGGUGUCGGUGCCUACCCCAGAAACAGAAUGUGACGACCCCUAUUGCGCCUAUUGGACAGAAAUCAAAAACCCUUCGCAGCAGGUUCCUGGCGACAUUUUGCAGGCGGCUCCCUUGAGCAGAUGGAGCAAUUUGUUUCCGGAUAACAUUCAAAGAAAACUCAUCAAAUGGAGGUCGUUCCAAGCCCCCGCGGCCUUACCAAUCGUGACGCGAGUGUUUCCCACCCAGAAACAAUUGCAUGAGAAUUACACAUUCCAACUUUACUCGGUGUACUUGAAUCCAGAUAACUACUUGGAGCUCGACACGACUUCUGACCUCAUGAGGGAAAUGAUACAGUUGCGGUUGAUGCUAGGGUUCCAAAUCUGCUACGGCGACAAAGUCAAAAAGGCAGAGGCCGAGAGAAACUCGGAUGGGCUCAUCAAGUAUUUCCCUUUGGGCAGCUGCUUGGGCUCGUUAAUUUGCAUGUCUAUUGGCGACGAGAUUCAUCGUAUCCAUUGCGACUUCAACGGCAACUUGAAUGUUCAAUUGUAUAGAAAAAAAAACAAAGUACAGGAAGAGAAUAAAAUCAUGUUGGGGCAGCGUCCACAAGCGCCCUACUACCCAUUGAUCCGUACGCGAUACGCCGACGAAUUUGUUCCUGCUCAGGUCGACGCGUUGGUUUCACACCCGCAAACGUACAACUGGAACCAAUUCGAUCAGAUGUUGGCCGGGUUUGACGAUUCCAUGCCCGAGGAUAGAAAAGAGUUUCACAAGAUGAAAUUCGUGGUUAUGCCCGCGGAUAUCCCGCAAAAUGCCUAUUUCUUGAGUAAUGAACAAUUGACAGCUGAAGAGAUUCGAGUAGAAGGAUUGCGGAAGUUGAUUGGGGUAAUUGAAAAGGGCAAGUAUUCUAAAGCCAAGCUGAAUUUGAAGAAUAACUCGCCAAGGGUCUCAGACAUCAUUUUUUACACGGGCAACUUGUUUGAUUUCUUAAACGACGAGGCCGAGAAUUACGACAUUACGGGGAAUCAACCGACGUUGAUGAUACCAGAGCACAUGAGAUUCAACAAGACGAUCAAAUUGCCGGAACUUGCGCUGGAAAUGCAGAAUCCACGCACGGGAUUGAACUUGGUGGACCGCAAUUGGCAUUUUAAAAAGCAUUUGCAGUGCUUUAUAGGAAGCGAGCUUGUGACUUGGUUGGUGGAGUCGUUUGAAGACAUUGAUACUCGCGACGAGGCAGUUUCAUAUGGGCAAAGUUUGAUAAACAAGGGCUUGUUCAAACACGUUGAGCUGAGACAUGGUUUUAUAGAUGGCUAUUAUUUCUAUGAGAUUGAGCCGCAGUAUUUUGAAAAAAUGGAGAAAAUCAAAAGGGGUUCCUGGUUUGGCAACACGGCGAAAAGGGAAGGAUCAACUACUCCAAAGAGCAACGCCUCGCCGCGAAUCCAGGGCCAAGACGACUUGAUCAAAAUUACAUCGUCGCUGAACUUGACGUCUGAGUCGUCUUCGGUGACUGACUCGACGACGCACCGGAAGCGGAAAAAAUUCAACUUGAGUAAAUCGGUCAAGUUCAACGUCGACCCCUUGGGCAGAUCGUAUCGUCCUGAAUUGAUGACGGUGCAUUAUGACAAGGUCCACAAUCCUGAACAUUGCUACCACAUUAGAUUGCAAUGGCUCAACACCACCAACAAGUUUAUCGAAGACACCAUCACCGCAUGGUCGCGUUUGUGUGAACGGUAUGGGUUGAAGUUGGUUGAGACACCCUGGAAAGAGCUCUGCUCGAUUCCCAAGGUCAGUCCCUUCCACUCCUUUGUGGAGGUUAAAUUACUGAUCAAUCCGUGGCACGAUGAGGAAUUUGCCGAUGACCAGAUCUUGUCGGCAAACCGAUACUACUACCACCUUUUCUUUUUGAAAAAAUUGGACUUUUUGUUAGACAACAGAGCCUCGUCGUUCUUCCUGCGCGAUAACAUAGAAAUCACCUAUAGUUGGGGCAAGCCCAUGUUUCAAUACGCCCAGUUUAUCCACCGCACGGGGUUCUACAUAAUCGAGUUGAGAGAUAACGGCGACUUUUUCUUGGCGCCCAACAAUAUGCACUUGAUCCGAGUGGGUGCCUCGAGCUCACCUUCCUCGGGCGACUAUGGCUCCAAUGCAAGGGCGAUCCAUUUGGACUCGCAAAGGAUCAUGAUGAAUUUCCGCGCCGCGUGUCAGAAUGUUGACUACUUGAGAGGAGUAUUUCGAGAAGCAAAGAGUAGUUGGUCCGAAGAGACAAUCACUCAAAUAUAG